AUGGCUAUCAUUCCACUGAACAGCGUAGUCUUCACGCUCUUCUUGAUCCUUUCUCUAAUCGCCGGGACUGCUGCUCAAAGCUCGGCUCAGGCUGCUACCAAUACUUCACCAAGCGCAUCACAGGCUUCUGUGCAGGCUUCCUCUCAGGCUUCGCAGGCUGCCUCUCAGACUUCACUGGUCACAUCCCAGACCUCUCAGGCUACUUCUCAGUCUUCUCAGGUCGCCUCUCAGACCUCUCAAGCUAUCUCUCAGGCCGCGUCACCAAGCAUUACUCCGACAAGUUCACAAGCUGCCUCUGCGGCGCCCAUUGUAGUCCCUAACGUCGACGCGGACAAGAACUUCGUGAUCGGCGAUACUUGUGAUGUCGAUCAAAAAAGCAUCAUCAAAACCGCCUUUGUCGGGACUGGCACGUUGGCCUUCUAUGGAAUGCUGGAUUGGUCAAAUGCCAAUCUUGGACAAGACCCACCCUUCGUGGAGAAUCUUGGUACCAGCGCUAUUCAGAAUGCUAGCACAGUCGAGAGCGUGUUUAAGGACUAUUCAAGCGCAACCGUGAGUGCUGCUUGGAAGAUCAAUGCGGUUUGCGACAUCAAGAACGAGACAGCGGCAUGUCAAAGUAAACACGUGUAUGGCGGCAUAGGCAGCGAAGGCCCCCGGGUGGACCUCAAACCUAAUCUCUACUUUUGUUGGGAGUACUUCCGAUUCCCUCCUCUGAACGAGGCAGUACAGAUGGGCCUGAGCGAUUCAGUCGACUGGACGCGCCGUUUCAAUAUGGGCUCAUAUCAUGAGAACCAAGCUUCCGCACUCUUGCGAGCUUUGCUCUACUAUCUCCCACAACGAGAGGGCUGGAACCGGCAUAUCUCUAACCUUAAGCUCCUAGCUCAGUUGGCCGAUAGUGAAACAUGGAGCAUUCUUAAUGCCGAUAACUAUGCUCUUUUUGCGUUGCAGAAGUACGUUUCUCAUCAACUUGGGGAAUCUAACAGUCUUGGAACAUCCAACUUUCCAUGGCUUCCUCGUCUCGAAGAUGGUCCGAAUCCCAUCAUUAAGCCUUUUGUUUCGGGAGAUAUCGAGACCUUCCAGGUGACUCCGGAAUUUAGCGCAGAGAGUGAUUCCCAGUGGUAUUACGACGUCGAGCGAUACCAGAAGACAGACAUUUUGGACUUCAAGGACCAACUUCCAAAAGAAUCUCAGGCUGAUCUAGAGAAUGCGCCCUGGUCCUUUGGCGCCACCACAUCCGGUUUUAAAGCACUUCGUGACAAGUUCCUGAAGGUGUUCAACGAAGCAAAACAGCACGGCAUGUCCAACCUGGGUGCAUCAAAAGAAUACACAUGUUAUCGUGAAGAUAAAACCGCGUUCCCGGACGCCAUAGCCUUUACAUUUGACGAAGUGCAGAGUGAAUUGGACAACUUCUGCAAGAACAAAGUCAACGACUACAUGCUCGCUGGCAAGCCUCUACAUCCGCGCAUCUUCCAAAUCGAUAAGGAAGUCGAGUUGUAUACACAACUCCCGGAUGGUACAAAGGAUCUGUCCUACUACGUCGCCCCAGGCCCUGAUAGCUUCAUGACAGGGAAGAACCUAUCUGUAUAUUUCGAAGGAAUACAAUCUGACGAGAAAGCUUCGCAUUGCAUAGCAACAUACAACGACCUCAUUACACAUUGCGAUGGAGCAGACAGUGACGACAAAUAUGGUGGUUAUCUCAAAAUCUACGACAUGUGCCCUGCCAUUCUACAACUAUUCAUCUCCUACCGCUCGUCCUACAGCAUGUUCAACGCCAUCAAGAAAGUCCGUUCGUUGGCCACGUCAGUGUUUAGACCGAAUGGUCUAACCCUCACGAUCUUCUUGAUCCUCUCUCUCAUAGCGGAUGGCGCCGCGCAAAGUUCUUCGCAGGUAGCCUCUGCAGUUUCCCAGACUGCCUCGGUGACUUCUCAGGUAGUCUCCGCUGCUUCUCAGGCUAGCCAACAAGCGUCCUCUCAAGCAGAUUCACAAUCACCUUCCCAGACUCUCGCACAAACAGGCCCUCAGCCCGCGGUAUCAGCGCUGCCAUCAACUGCCGGGUCCAUAAUCUCCAUUGAUGAUUCAUGCAAGGCUGAGCAUCGAGACAUGCUUGACAACGAUUUGAAAGAUGUUAUGGACAUGGCCAACGUGACAGCCAAAAGCCAAACAGCCUACACGGACAACCCAAACUUUUGGCUGUUCUUUGGCAAAAGUUCAGUCGAACACAUUCCGGUCAUCAAGAGUGCUUUUCCAGGCGUGCUGCAACUUUCAGAGCCAAUUUCGGUGACGUGCAACUUCGACGGCUCAGCUCCGUGUGCCGACCGCACGAACUUUCCCGGCAUUGCCAAGACGCAAGCGGACAACUAUGCUCUUUUUGCCCUAUCCAACUAUGUAUCGCAGGCUAUCGGCGGCACGGUUCCUUACUUCCCUAGAAUUGAUGAUGAUCCAUCUUACGGCAAAAUGGUCGUUCCUUUCAAUGACGAAGAAUCUGCCCAAAUUCAAGUAAAAGGCUGGUUCCACUGGCGCGGACUUUCCCAGCCGAACUACGACCCUUCUCUACUACAACCCGAUAAAGCUGAAUUCGAUAUCGGGACUGAGCUUGACGAAGAACGAAAGGCCGAUAUACUAAGCGCCCCGUAUUACAGAGAACUCCCAGAUGAGUCCAUAAGGGGCAAAGAGGACUCAUGGAUCGGUACCUUUGUAGACGCCCACAAAGACCAACUACUCAAUACGGAUGCAACGUCCGACCGUACUUGCUUCGGUGAAAGCCAUGCCCAGUACCCAAAUGCGAAAGAAUUCGACGGAGAGGAGGCAGUUGGCUUUUCCCAACAGUUCUGUGAAGACAUCAUCAAGUCUUGGGACCCAAGAACCCCAAUUCCACCAUCUGUGCGCGAUACCGCGGAUUUCCGUAACGCAAGUAGGGCGUACAAACUUACAAAAACAAACGCUGACUCGCAUGUUGGAUUCUUUGCGUGCGAUACCGAUCCCACCAAAAGACGUGGCGGCGUGCUCAAGCUCAACGACCGCCUCUACGGCGUCUACGUCACACCGGAUGAGCGAGAGGAUAAACUUCCCUGGCUCACAGAUUACACUGCUCUCGGUGAUCUCAAGUGUGCGAAUUACAAUGACACUAGCAACUGGCAUAUAAAAACAUCCAUUGAAGGUACAUCAAAGACAGAGUCGCCUGUUGAUAUCACCGAUAGGGAAAAACUGGGUGACAUCUGCUCAUGUUGGUACUCUGCUUUUCCGUUCACCUUCGAUCUGUUUUGUAAAGGUUCCGCAUCAAAGUGUGAGGAUUUGGCGAAGGACGACAAGAGGAAAGCGGCGCUUUGGGACGAUUUUGCCUGUUCAUUGUAA